AUGGCCACCAAGGGCAAAGAGACGGUAUCGGGCCCCAAGGAUGCGACCCCCACCAACCCUCGUGGUAUCCCCUACGCCCCGUUCGUCGACAAGGUGGAAGACUAUGUCGCUUCUAGGGAGGAUGUCGAGCCCACUCUGAGGAGUUUCCAAGAAAUGAUUUCGAAAUACCAAUUCAUGGAGGCCAACCUUGGACGACGGUUGACGGGCCUUAACGACAAGAUUCCCGAUAUUCGAAAGACGUUGGAGACGGUCCAGUUCCUCAGGGCUAGAAAGGACGAACCUGAUCCUAUCGAGACAACAUUUGAGCUCAACGAUACACUCUAUUCGAGAGCAGAGAUUCCCCCGACCGACGAGGUUCACAUCUGGCUUGGCGCCAACGUUAUGCUGUCGUACCCUAUCGGAGAGGCUGAAGAACUCCUCCAAUCUAAACUCGAUACGGCCAAGGAGAGCCUCGAGAACUGCGAGGAGGAUCUAGACUUUUUGCGCGAGCAGAUUACUACCAUGGAAGUGGCCAUUGCUCGUGUCUACAACUGGGAGGUUGUCCAGAAGCGCAAAGACAAGGCUGACGAGCCAGAGGAGGACAAGUCAAAAACUAAGGAGAGCGAGGGAUCUCCUAAUGACUGA